GGCUCUGCCAGCCAGCCGCAGAUUUGCCCCGCCGCGCGCCGCGCCCUGUGAGUCCCAGCAGCUGCGGGUGUCUCGCCGAAAGCAACCGGGAGAUCCCGGGACGCACAGCUUCCCGCAACCCCGAGCGCCCCGCGCCCUGGCCCGCCAGCAUGGCUGUGCUCCUGGCGGCGGUGCUCGCGUCCUUGCUCUACCUGCAGGCGGCUGCCGACUUCGAUGGGAGGUGGCCCAGGCAAAUCGUUUCUUCGAUCGGCCUGUGUCGUUAUGGUGGCAGGAUUGACUGCUGCUGGGGCUGGGCUCGACAGUCCUGGGGACAGUGUCAACCUUUCUACGUCUUAAGGCAGAGACUAGCAAGAAUAAGGUGCCAGCUCAAAGCUGUGUGCCAGCCGCAGUGCAAACAUGGAGAGUGCAUCGGGCCGAACAAGUGCAAGUGUCAUCCCGGAUUUGCUGGAAAAACCUGCAACCAAGAUGAGCACUUCCACCCAACUCCUCUUGACCAAGGCAGUGAACAGCCUCUUUUCCAACCCUUGGAUCAUCAAGCCACAAGUGUACCUUCAAGGGAUUUAAACGAGUGUGGCCUGAAGCCGAGGCCCUGUAAGCACAGAUGCAUGAACACUUUCGGCAGCUACAAGUGCUAUUGUCUCAACGGAUACAUGCUUAUGCCAGAUGGGUCCUGCUCAAGUGCCCUGUCAUGUUCCAUGGCAAACUGUCAGUAUGGCUGUGAUGUUGUCAAAGGACAGAUCCGUUGCCAGUGUCCUUCCCCUGGCCUGCAGCUAGCUCCUGAUGGGAGGACCUGUGUGGAUAUUGAUGAAUGUGCUACUGGAAGAGUCUCCUGCCCUCGAUUUAGGCAAUGUGUCAACACGUUUGGGAGUUACAUCUGCAAGUGUCAUGCUGGUUUUGACCUCAUGUACAUUGGAGGCAAAUAUCAAUGUCACGACAUUGACGAGUGCACCCUCGGGCAGCACCAGUGCAGCAGCUCUGCUCGGUGUUACAACAUGCAUGGGUCCUACAAGUGUACAUGCAAAGAUGGAUACGAGGGUGAUGGACUGAACUGUGUGUAUAUUCCCAAGGUCAUGAUCGAGCCUUCAGGCCCAGUUCAUGUGCCAGAGAGAAAUGGUACCACCGGAAAGGGUGAUGGAGGACAUGUUAAUAGGAUUCCUGAUGCUGCAAGUACGAGAUGGCCCCUGAAGACACCGUAUAUUCCUCCUGUCAUCACCCACAGGCCCACUUACAGGCCAACAACAAGACCUACACCAAAUCCAACGCCACAGCCUACUCCACCACCCCCACCACCCCUCCCAACAGAGCUCAGGACAACCCCACCGCCACCAACCCCGGAAAGGCCGUCCACCAGACCGACAACUCUAGCACCUGCUCCGGGGACUACGGUCGACAAUGGGAUACAGACGGAUCCUCAGAAACCCAGAGGAGAUGUGUUCAUUCCACGGCAGCCUUCAAAUGACCUGUUUGAAAUAUUUGAAAUCGAAAGAGGAAUCAGCGCUGAUGAUGAAGCUAAAGACGACCCAGGUAUUCUCAUACACAGUUGUAAUUUUGACCAUGGACUUUGUGGAUGGAUCAGAGAAAAAGACAGCGACUUGCACUGGGAGCCCGUCAGGGACCCAGCAGGUGGACAGUAUCUCACAGUGUCUGCAGCCAAAGCCCCAGGGGGAAGAGCUGCCCGCUUGGUGCUGCCUCUGGGCCACCUCAUGCAUUCAGGGGACCUGUGCCUGUCGUUCAGGCACAAGGUGGCUGGGCUGCACUCCGGCACACUGCAGGUGUUUGUGAGAAAGCAUGGUGCCCAUGGAGCAGCCCUGUGGGGAAGAAACGGUGGCCAUGGCUGGAGGCAAACCCAGAUCACCUUGCGAGGGGCUGACGUCAAGAGCGUCAUCUUCAAAGGUGAAAAAAGGCGUGGCCACACGGGGGAGAUUGGAUUGGAUGAUGUGAGCUUGAAAAAAGGUCACUGCUGAGAAGAACUCUAGCAGCUCCAGAGCUCGCAGUGAACUGUGUCGCUCUUCCUCUUUUUCCAAUCCUUGCCUUCUCAUCUCCCCCUUAUCAGGCCUAGGGCAAGAGUGGGUCAGGAGGAAGGCUGGUUGGUGACUUAGGUCUCAGUGGCCUGCUUUUGUACCAUCCCAAUGAACAGUGACACCCUCCUUGAAGUUUGGGAGCAUCUGGAGACAUUCAGUCCCUUCUGGGGUGGUGCCUUUCACCCCGUAUCUCCUUCAUGAAGGUCUUUGGCACAUGUGACCCAUGCCAUCCUUCAUCCUGGUUACAGAGUGGGCCUGAUAGCCAGUUAUGGGAGAAGUUUCCAUUCUGUACAAAAGGCAUUCUGUGAUCUGUCCAGUGUCGUGCCGUGAGUAGCGUUGACUCUGCUUACAGUAUGGUGUACAGUGAGCUUGUGGACCUAGUUGAUCCUUUUCACUCGUUCUGGCCUGACCUCACUCUGACUUUUGCUGCCAUACACUUUAUAAUAGAAGGGUGUAUAAUGUAUUAAGAUGCAUUUAUUCUUGUAAACCGUGUUUUUCUUUUAAAGAGAGUUAUGUAGGGUGGGCAUGGAAUUCCUUGUUAGUAGUACUGUGUUUGUGUAAAUGUGCUAUUAAUAUAAAUAUGUACGAGUUCCUGAUAUUCACAGACUCUAGUUGCAAGGUCAAAGGCAGCUUAUGAUAGCCUGAGCUAAAAAAAAAUGCAUGGUGAAAUGUCAUCCAUGCCAUAACCUUAUACUGACAGAGAUGUCUGGAUGGGGUAGUGGAAUGACUUUAUUUCAUUGCCCUUGAGUUUGAUCUUUACAGAAGAAAGUUAAACCAUUAAUGGAAACAAGGACCUGCAGUUAAUAUAUAAAACCGUCAUGCUUUGAGUUAUGCUCUAAACCAACAGCUUUCACUAUUGUAACAUGGCUCCACCGGUGAGAAACUUGGUAGAGAUGUAUGGGGAGUGGACGUGUAGGGGAGGCCCAUGGGCCAAGCAUCCAUAAUGAUCUUCAAGUUGACAGGGUGUCCGCUAGUGUAGCUCAUGGCUUCCCAUGUGACCCCAGGCUGGGAUGGGAAGCAGGCCUGUGCACCAAAGCACUGCAUGCAAUGGAAUGAGACCCACGCAACCCAGGAGGACAGUAUUGGAAUUCUAAUAUCCACAAAGUCCCAACUGUAGCUCUUCCCUGUCAUACCUUCGCUCAAUUAAAAACUCAUAACUUUAAGGUGUCAACUUUCUCCUUACAUCGCUUUCAUUUCUGAUGAAGUAAUCAAAAUAUUUUCUGCUGUUUUUGCCAGGAAACACAGAGAUGAUUAAAGGGGUGGAAAGAAAGAUCUAUGAGGAAAAAGUAAAGGAACUGGGAUUGUUCAGCCUGGAGAAGAGAAGACUGAGGGACAAACCAUUGAUGGUUUUCCAGUAUGUGAAGGGUUGGCACCAAGAGCUUGGAGACCAGCUGUUCUCCAUGUGCACUGAGAAUAGAACAAGAGGGAACAGGCUUAGGCUAGAGUGUGAGGGGGCACUUUCUGUCAGGGGCAGCUGUUAAGCCAGAUACUUCACAAAAAGAAGUGUGAAAAUCGUGAUCUCUCUCUCUCUCUCUCUCUCUCUCUCUCUGUCUCUCUCUCUCUCUCUCCUCACCUCUCUCCCCACACCCUCUCUCUCCCCUUCUACACCCCACCUAUCUCUCGCUUUCCUGUUCAUCUCCUUUCUUCCUCUCUCCCUCCCUUCCCUACAUUUAAAAAACUAUUUAAGGUGCUUACUUCAAGGUAAAGUACCAGAUUAUGGGCUCUAGAAGAUACACUGGUUCUCACAGUAUAUAUCAAUGAGUCUUCAGAAAUAAGUGAUUUUGGACUAACAACAAAUCCCCCAAACUAUUUAUUUUUGAAGAGGUUACAACAGAUUUUGCAGUAGCUUACUAAUAUCCUAAUGGGCGGUGUUAAUGCUGAUUCCAGGGUAAUGGUGUGACCCUGUUGGUUGUUCAGCGGUUGCUUAUUGAGACUUGUUUUUUGGAGAAACCCCGUGAAGAAACACCAGUCAGAGAGAUAUUGUCUCUACUUUGCAUGUGACAAGUUAAUGUGGCUACUAAACGUGUGUCAAUCACAGCACUGUUACCCUUCACCUUUACCUCCUCCUAUGGUCCACUUUCAGUAGGAGUCUUUCCAAUUCCACAAGCUGGUACAUUUUUUUAAAACAGGCUCAAGUGACUUUGUCAUCUAAUUGAUAGAGACAGAGUUGGGACUUCUGACCUGAGUCUUUAACUAAAGCCUGAUAUUAUGUUCUUAGUUCCAUUUUUCAUGAUUCAGUUCCUUUUUGGUCAUGUUAACUACACAGCUGAAGAUGAAAGGGGAAAGCAAUUGAGAAUUUCACUUUUAGGUGCCAAUAAGACAUUGCACUACACUGAAGAAGUUAUCCAAAGUACUGUAUAGCAUCUUGUUUAUUAUUUAAUGUUUUCUAAAGUGAAAAUGUUCAUGGUUUUCAAAAUGGUCAAAUAAAAGCAAUCUUUGUAAAUAAAAACACUGUUAAUAA